AUGGGCAACGAGGACGUCGAGCACUUCGAUGAAACCCUUCAACGUAUGACCGCGAUGUACUUUCCUAAACGCCCAGCGAGCAAGAUUCGACAGUAUCUACGGGAGACCGCCAAGCCGGCAGAUAUGACUGUUGAGGACUACGUCGCUCGCCUCCACCAGAUCAACGAGUUGAUCCAAUUCCUACCACCACCAAAUAACCGAAUGACCAGCCACGAACUCCGAGAAAUCGUGGAGUGCAACAUGCCGUCGUCGUGGCAGAAAAAGUAUGAUGAAAGUGGUCAGGACUACGAUUGGCUUGAAGAGCUUGUCGCGUACUUCCGACAGCUCGAGGAGGCUGAGAAGCCCAACGACGCCAAGACGAAAUGGUGUGAACACCACAAGUCGCACAGCCACAACACGAACGAGUGCCGCGCAAAGAACAAGGCUCCAGAAGAAGCCAACUUCAUUGACAUGGACGUGACCGAGACAUGCUACAACAUCGAACUUGUGCGCGCGCUAGCCGACUUCGGUUCAUCGCGUGGAUGA